GCUACAAUUUUGCACCAGUGUCCAAUCGAACCAGAGUGAAAACUAUUCAAACAUGGAAAGUAAAUGGUUUUGUUUAACAAUUGCUACACUUUUGUUUUUCCAACUGAGUGCUGGUGAAGACAAUGAAUGUACCGUCGCUUGUCCGCAUAUACUUGAUCCGGUUUGUACAACGGAUGGACGUAAAUUUCAGUAUUUUUCCAACAGAUGUCUGCUAGAGGGACACAACAAGUGUGAACCAAAUAAUAGAUUCCGAGAAGUCGACGAGAGUAACUGUGAUGAUGAUGAUUGGCAAAAAUAAUCGGCUAAUAAUCGGCUACGCAAACCUAUUAUAUAUUUUUGCUACCCUCAAAGUCAAGGAAGUGCUGACUUCUGAUACUAUUCCCUGUCCUACCGUGAAAUGAAAUUCAUACAGAAUAAAAAAAAACUAAUUCCAAUACACUGCCCAGAAUGGCUUUACUUUCAGUUUACUUUUUGCGUCCAGAAACAAAUGACUGCACUCUUGUGUUUUGGUGUUGUUGAAGCAUUUACGGGGUUGCCCAUUCUUUUCCUGCAGAUUAUAGUAUUUCUCGUAUGUUUUAGGGUCAAACCAAGCCUACGCAUAAAUCAACAACUUCAACACCAUCUCGAACCUUUCCGCAACGCUUUAGAUCUGCGAAGGAUAUACAACCGUGAUUGAUGCGCUACUCCUCUCGGUAAUAUCUUCUCAUUAAUCUAGUUUUUUUUUGUUUUUUAUUCGAAUUUAUACCCGUGAAGCAGGGAAUGGAAUACCGAGAAAUAACAGAUUGAGAUAAUUACAGUAAAAGCUUUCAAGAUACCAAACAAGAUACCUGAUAACAAAAACAAAAAAUAAACCAAAAUUAGAAGGCACUCAUAAUCAUAUGUCUAGGUAGUAUCCAGCCCGU